AUGACUAAACUUGCACAAGAGUUCUCUGACGCAAACAACCUCUCUCACACAAUCCAUGGUCGUCAGUCUAGCCCUCAAGCUCCUUUGCACGGCUGGAGGCCUCCACCAGCAGGUAUUUACAAAAUAAAUUUAGAUGGGGCAGUCAAAUCUGGAGACUCCGUCCGAGGGGUUGGGGUGGUCGUCAGAAACGCGAAUGGGGAGUUCAUGGCGGCAUGUGUUAGGCGAAUUCAAGCCAGUUAUGGGGCUAGGCAAACGGAGCUUAUGGCUACAAUAGAGGGUCUGCGUUUUGCUAUUGAUAUGGACUUUACUGCUGCUAUUCUAGAAAUGGACGCACAAGAUUGCAUUAAUAGUAUUCUUUCAACAGUGGAGUGCAAUGGAAUAGAUGGUCUUUUGAUUGAGGAGGUGAACUAUCUACUUCAUAAUUUUAGAGCAGUCGUAUGUCAAUGGACUCCAAGAUGCGGUAAUAAAGUGGCACACACUUUAGCUCAGUUUGCAUUUCAUUGCAACGAAUUUGUUACCUGGAUUGAGGAAGCACCAAGAUGGUUGCUCCCUGUGCUUGAAGCUGAUGUACUCUCUUUGGAGUAUUGA